AUGGCGCUGUUUGGUCUCCCUCUGGUUAGGCCCGCUGCAGUCCGGGAAGACUGUGAAUGCCCACUCACGGAAGACCCUGUGUGCGGGGUGGAUUCUAAGACAUACUUGAAUAGCUGCCAUUUACAGUGCACGCAAACAGAGAUGAAGCAUAAAGGGGAAUGCGCUGAAUCUUCAUUGCUCUCCGGUGAGUGA